AUGGCGGAUUCAGACAGUGUUAGACCAGUAGCUGUGACUCUGGCACUCCCUUCACAAAAUGAAGCUGCAUCUAUCACUUAUAUGAAGUUUGAGAGGAAGUGGAAAAUAAGGUUUCCGGAAAAUGAAAUGGGGCAUAAAGACUUGCUAGUGCAUUUGGCUGAUUUCCAUUCUUGGGAAUCCAAUCUAGAUUAUGCCUUGAUCUUGAACUGUCUCAUAAUCGUUUGUCAUGUACAAGCUUGUGCUCAUGAUGAUGAUUAUAUAAUUAUUAAGGAUGUGGCAUUGAAAUUCUCGGGUGCUUAUAAGCAAUGCAAGCCCUGCACAGGCUCCAGCAGCUACAAGAAAGGGCAACAGCCAUACCCUGAGUUCGAUACGAUGUCAGAAGGGGUUCCUUACCCUUACUUGCAGCCAGGAAGCUCAAGUUCUACUCCUGCUUGGGAUUUUACACGCAGUGGCCACCACCCAGCUUCUGGAUCUGAUUCAAGGUUUGCUGGAGCAUUUGGUGGUGAUCGGACCCCUGGUGGACUAGAAUCUAUCUCAGCCCAGUCUGGUGAAGUGGUAGUAGAGGAUGAGGAUGAGCCCAAAGAAUGGAUGGCACAAGUGGAACCUGGUGUUCAGAUCACUUUUGUAUCUCUUCCUAAUGGGGGAAACGAUCUAAAAAGAAUUCGCUUCAGCCGAGAGAUGUUUAACAAAUGGCAAGCUCAGAGAUGGUGGGGGGAGAAUUACGAUCGAAUCAUGGAGCUGUACAAUGUUCAGAGAUUCAACCGCCAAGCUCUUCAGACUCCUUCAAGGUCUGAAGAUGGGAGAGAUUCUGUCUACUCAAAACUUGGAUCUGCUAGAGAAAGCCCUAUGAUGACUCCAUCAAUACCUAGAGAGUGGACUCCAAGAAACUAUUAUAACCCUUCUGGCAGUAAAGGUCAUUUUCCACCUGAUUAUUUAGAUCAAGGUGGCAAUCAACAGUACAAUGCAGGGUCGAGUGCUUAUGCCACCGGUGGUGCCAAGGGCGAGGCAUCAUCUUUUGACGCAUCGCGGACAACAACGUCCUCCCGAGAUGAGGCUUCAGUUUCCAUCAGCAAUGCCAGUGACAUAGAGUCAGAGUGGGUGGAGCAAGACGAGCCAGGGGUAUACAUUACAAUCAGACAGUUAGCUGAUGGCACUAGGGAGCUCCGGCGUGUCAGAUUCAGUCGGGAAAAAUUUGGGGAGGUGAACGCAAAGCUUUGGUGGGAAGAGAACAGGGAGAGAAUACAGGCUCAAUACCUUUAACCCAAUAUAAAUUACAAAUUGUUACUGACUAUAUUAUUGGUCGUUCAAAUAGAACAAAGAGCACGAGUGGAAUUUCCACAGAAAUGUUACCAUGGAAGAAUGGUACCUUUCCAUGAUUCCAUUUUUUCUUAGCUAUGUGAUGGUAUGGAUCUGCCCCUACCAUGAUAUCGUCAACAGAAAGGAUUAAUUA